AUGGUAGUUAGCUAUGCUGCUGUCAGUAUCAGUGAGUGUGCCGCUGGAUCGCUUAGGCAGCCGCCCGGCACACUCACUGAUACUGACAGCAGCAUAGCUGUGAGCACAUGAGAUGGGGCCACCGGCCGCAAGGUUAGUAAUCACCUCAGAGUGUGCCACCAGACCGGCCACCUGGCGGCACCGACAUGCGGCCGGUGGCCGCGAUAUUAUUAAAAUAUGUAGAGCAGGGCUCCCUCUCCACAUGCAGCCCCCCAGGUGCCGGGGCCCGCCGGGAAAUUUCCCGGUAUCCAGUAAGGCUCUGGCUCCUUCUAACUCUCUGUUUAUCAGCUACUUUCAUUUUCUACAUCUCUCUAUAUAAAAUAAAAUACACAGUAUAUCACAUAUUCUUUCUAAGAUAGGAGAUACAGGACUAUGUUGAUCUAAUUCCUUAAAUAAAUUAAUUCUUAUAUCUGUAUUUUUCUUUUGAUGUGUAGCAUGCACAGGCUCUUAUAUCGGCAAACCAUAUGGGCAUAAUGAGUGAAAUAUCUGUCAAAACUGAGGAUGAGCCCCUGGGGAUGUACGAGAUCCCCCCACCAGCCGAGAUGGAGAUCCAAGACCAGGUAAGGAUGUACGCAAUGUGCUAGGUGGGUCUUUAAGGUUUAGGGUCACUAGUUAUGGAUUAGAGGCAGAGAUUUUACUAGGGAAUUAUUCUCUGACUUUCUUAUAGUAGAGAAAGAAAGAUGACAAACCUCUCCCCCAUACAGAAAGAAAAAUCUUAAUAUUGUUUAAUACUAUGGACCAUGACUUGCAGUAAUGGAGAUAAUGUACUUAUUUAGAGUAAAUAUUACAUUAAUUUGCUUACUGUUUGAUCAUUGCGGUACUGAUUGUGUGAUUUACCAUCCUCACCGUGUGUGUCACUGUGAUACACUAUGCACACUGUAACCGCACAUUGCAUAGGACAUUUUGUUGACUUGUUACAUGGUGUGUGUGCUUUCUAUUUAUAUUCUCUCUUUACAGAUACAAUGUAGACUGCACAUCUUUUCGUCAGUGCUGAUGUAGAGCAAUGUACAAUGAUCUCCUUAAAUUAAUGAAUUCUAAUGUUUUGGUUUUUCUUUUUACAUGAAGGCUAGAGUUACUGACAUCCAAGAAAGACCAAGUCAGAGCGAGAUGGAAAUAUCAGACGAGAGCGCCGAGGACAACGAUAAUGACUCAGAUAAAAGGGAGAGAGUAGAAAAGACAAAGAAGAAAGGAUGCUGCCUGAGACGGAUGUUUCGGGCUCUGUGCUGCUGCUUCCCGAAGAAAUCAAAAAAAGUGGAGGGUUCUACCGAUGGGAAAUCAGAAGAGGUCAUCUGUCAAGAGCAUGGACGGCGCAGUACGAGCAGCAACAUCGAGAGUGAAGCCGCAGCUUCCAGCCACUCCACCCACCAAUCAGACCGCAGCGGAGGACGGCUACACAAGCAUGUUCAAAACUUGACACGAAUGAGGAUAAAACGACGAAGCAGUGUAAUUGUUCCUGGAAUUGAGAAAUAG